UCGAAAUUUAUCGGUAUUUUCGUCGCGAAAUUCAAUAAAUAUGCUAUCAGUGAUGUAACAUAAACUCUUGAAGUCAAAGUGAUAGGAAACGAAUUUUUUUAAAGUAUGCUAUUAAGCGUUAAUAGAAAUUUCAAACUGAAAUUUUUUAAAAGCAAUUUUAUCAGUCCGUUGCUAUGACAACGACGGCCGUAAUUCAAAUGUUGUAGAAGACGUUGCUUGCUAGAAAUAUAAAUAUAUCCUUUACAACUCCUCAUAUUGUAAAUAUUGAAAUAUGGACGAGUUUGAUGAUAUUGGAGCUUUUUUGAAGAAAUUAGAUGAACUUGAUGCAGCGCAUUACACUCCCCAUAAAAAUAAACUGGAUGGAAAGCCAAAAGAGAAAAUGUCGGCAGUAGAUGAUAAUAUUUCUGAUUUUGAUAACAGUGAUGAGGAUUUGGCCAGCCUUCUUGCUGAUGAUGAUGAUAUAUUUGGAAAAAGAAAUUCUAGCAGUCUGCCAUCUAAAAAGUUGUCUUCUGAUCCACCUGGUUUAUCGGCAAAAAAAACUAAAGACUCUCCUAAACAUGAAACAAUUUCGAAGGAUAAUGCAGAUAUUAUAAAUAAGGAAAUUGAAAAAAGUCCAUUUAGUAGCAGUUCACCAAGCCAUGCUUUAAAUAAGAAAGUGCCCAAAGAUGCUUCAGCGGAUCAGGAUGUUUUAAGCGAUUUCUUAUCAGAUAAAAGUAGAGUGCAUGCUGCAUUUUUUAAAGCAGCAAAAACUUCCUCUCCAAUUAAAUCUAAUAAACAGAAUGAUUCUGGAAGCAAUGAAAGCGAAUUUCUUGAUGAUUUAACUCUAAAAUCUGCAGUAUCAGAAAAUCAGUCAAGUGAUAAUUUAUUAGAAUCAAAAAUCCCAGCUGAUGAUGAAGUUUUAUCAGAUGAUGAUGAAGAGGAAGAAGAUGAUGAUGAUAUUUUAAAAACUUUAGGAUUAGAUGAAGAUGAGGAAGUAAGCCAUACUUCUGAGAAAAAGGGUAGUAGUUCUUUUCUUGAUGAAUUUCUUAAAAAAUUAUCUCCAAAGCAUGAAGCAAAAAAACCUACUGUUAUUGCAUCUAAAGAGAAAAUAACUGAUGAUAAAGAGGAGACUCCAGAAGAUGAAGAAGAUAUUCUUGGAAAUUACACUCCUACUGCACCAAAGAAAAAUGAAUCUGUAUCUGAUGAAUUGAAUCGAACUGUGCAGAAAAAAAGAGGAAGCUUGUUAAAGCAAGUUAGUUUUAAAGAUACUCCUGAAUCACCCAUAAAAGAAAAAGAAAGCAUAUCUCCAGUCAAAAUACCUCAAUCCAGUAAAUCUCAACAGCAAAAAAGUACUAAUGAAACAUCGUCUCGAACAAAGAGACUAGGCAAAAUGGGUUCAUCAAAAGAUGAUAUGGACUGGCUGACAUUUUUUAAAGAAAGUCCUAAAAAAUCAAAUAAACCUGUUGAACCUGAAACAAAAAAGACUAGUAAUGCAACAAAUUCAAAGCAAAUGCCUUUGAGCCAGCCUAGGAUGAACAGAAAGAAAAGUUCUAGUGCUGAUUGGUUAGGACUUAGUGAAUCUGACACUGCUAUGAAAGAUGAUGCUAUUCCAACUGAGGAAAGAAAUGUGGCAAAUGAAGAGGGUGCUGAUUGGUUAAAGUCAGAUCAGCCGAUAAAACCACGUAGACCAAGAUCUACGGAAAAAAGUGAAGACAGAAAGGAAACUUUGAAAUCUAAUCAAGCACUUAACAGUUUAUUUUCUGAUACCAAACUGAAAGAACCUGAUGACGAUCAUUUACAUGAACGUAAUAUUGCACCUCAAUCAGUUGGCUCUUCCAAACUUAGAUCUGAUUCAAGAAAAGAUUUUGAUUUAAAUACUCUAGGUAUUACUUCAGAUGGUGAUACUUCUCAAGAAACUGUAUCUACAUUUGAAAAAGGUCCUAAUUCAUUAAAUUUUAAGUCAAAGCAUCCUGGCAUUGAAAGUAUACCAUCUGAACUAAUGCAGCAGAGAAAAUCUGAAGCUGUUUCUUCAAGGUCCAGAAAUCCUGUAAAUGUAUUCACUAUUCCACAGUUAAAAGAAGCUCCACGUGAAAAUAUUUAUGUAACUCAGCAGGCCUAUCAAGAAGCUGAAAAAAAUGCUUUGAAUACUUUGCAAAUGAUGUUAAACAAUAGUAUGCUUGAGAAAGAACAGUUAAUUAAAAGUUCUGAAACAAUGAAGCUAAUGUAUGAAGAUAAGCUGAAAACCUUGGAAAAUUUAUACAAUGAUAAGAUGAAAUCAUCUGAGGAAACACACAAAAACUUAGAAAUAAGUCUCAGAAAGGAAUUUGAAGCUAAAAUUCAAGCAUUAGAAGAGAGACUGAAAACAGUUCAGGGUGAAAAGAAAGAGCUUGAAUCCAAUGUCAAAGGAAAAUUAGAAACUAUUGAGAAAGAACAUCAAAAAGAAAUUCAAAGACUAAAGGAUUUGCAUAGUCAGGCAAUUAGUGCUAUGAAGCAAGACCAUGAAGAUGCUUUACAACGACUUAAAAGAUUAAAAGAACAAGAAAUAGAAGCUGUUUUAAGUACUCAGUCUCACUCAAGAUCACUUCAGCAUUUAACAGAACAGCUAGAAGCAAGAGCUUCAGAAUUAGCUUCACUGCAGACCAAAGUGGAAAAAAAGACACAGACUGCUUUUCAAGAAAAACAAGCACUUCUUGAUAUAAAAGAAAGAGAUUUAAAAGGUAACUUUUUAGCUGCCGCAAGAAUAUCUGGAGAAAUAAAUUUGUUUCAGAGAAAUU